AUGGCCUGUAUUAAGCUAAAAACCCUUGAAGAGUAUCUGCAGGGAGUGGACGAUUUCGACUCGCCGAAAGUGUCGCUGGAGCAGUACAUCACCCCAUCGCAUAUCGCUAGCCAGGCGUUGUACGCGGUGCAAACCAAGUACGGUGACCUGGAGGGUCGGACGGUUCUAGAUCUCGGCUGCGGGACUGGUAUGCUUUCGAUUGGUGCUGCAAUGCUCGGUGCUGCUCUGGUAGUUGGAUCAGAAAUCGACACGGAUGCCGUAAAGGCUUUCCAGAACAACUGCGAUGAGUUCAAUCUGUACAACGUUGAUUGCGUGCAGGCAGAUGUACUGCAGAUCAAGGGCCUGUACGGGAAUUCUAGCUUCGAUACGGUACUGAUGAAUCCACCCUUUGGCACGAAACGGAAUGCCGGAAUCGACAUGGUUUUUCUGCGCACCGGUCUUGAGCUGGCCCGUGGUGCCGUCUACUCGAUGCAUAAAACCUCCACCAGAGAUCAUAUAACUCGGAAGGCGGCCGAAUGGGGCAUAAAAGCAUCAGUUGUGGCCGAGCUGCGCUACAAUCUCUCUUCAUCGUACAAGUUCCACCGUCACCGUAGCGUGGAUAUAGCUGUGGAUUUUUGGCGUUUCGUACCGUCACCGCAAGAUAUCAGGAAGAUCUGAAGCUAAAAUGCGCCCGGAAUAAUAAAAUGCGUUAUCCUUACCGA